AUGGCCUCUCCAUUGGCCACCGCCAAGCAGCAGCUUCGGCGUCUCCUCAAGCAGAGACUCUCCAAAGUCUCUCAGGAUUCCGUUCUCGCUCAAAGCAGCACAAUAUUCGAGACGCUCAAAUCCUUCAAGCCCUACCAAGACGCCAACCGCAUCAGCGUAUACCUCUCCAUGCCCGUCGGCGAGAUCCAGACAGACGCAAUCGUUCGCCAUGCCCUCAACUCGGGAAAGCAAGUCUUUGUUCCCUAUCUGCACAAGUCGCCCCUAGACGAACCCGGAACGCCAGCUCGCGUGAUGGACAUGGUUCAGCUGCAGGAUGUCCACGACUACGACGGCCUUCAGAGAGAUUCUUGGGGGAUUCCCAGCAUAGAUCCAGCCACCGUCCAUCUGCGGCAGCGCAUCCUCGGGGGACCAGAUGUGCACAGAUCAGACCAGUCUACCUUGGAUUUGAUCCUUAUGCCCGGUGUGGCUUUCGAUACCGAUGGUGCGGGAAGCGUGAGGCGACUCGGCCACGGUAAAGGCUUCUACGACUUCUUUCUCAACAGGUACUUGGCUGCGAAACCUCAUGAUGAAGCUGGUCAUGAUGGCCCUGUGCUUCGCUUCUACGGGCUGGCUCUCACGGAGCAGCUUCUCAACCCGGAGACGGAUGAGCCGGUGCCCAUGGGCCAGUAUGACCGGAAGCUGCACGGCCUGAUACUGGGCAAUGGCGAGAUUAAGCUUUCGCCCGAUACUCAGUCAAUAAGCGCAUCCUGA